AUGUGGGGCGCUAACAGCGAAACCGCAUGCAGUAGGAUGUUGGAUUUUGUGGCAUGGUUCGAAUUUGGGGGUUGCAGUUAUUAUGUGGUAUUGAAAAACACGUCAAAAUGUAUCAUGUAUGACUAUGCAAGCUAUGCGUCAAUUCCAUUCAUGUGUCAAUGCAAGGUCAAAGCUUUAUGUACGUGUCAAUGCAAGUUUUGCAACCAAUUUAUGCACUCUGACUCCGCAAAGUCGCACUCCGAAAGUAAACACCCAUGGACUACAUAUAACAUGAUAGGCUAUUCCAUUGUAUCACCAUUCAGUGUAAGGGAACCACAAAAAAAGGCGAGCGAUGCAAGCUCAACACCACCGAUGGUUUCUGCCACUACCAUGCGCCAUAUAAGAAUUCAAAGAAGACAUUACAACUUUCCAAUCACCUACCUCCUAGCCCAAUCAAGCAUACGAAGACUUCUAGUCCCUCUAGAUCACCAUCUCCCACAAAAGACAAACCUGGAUAUAUAUACGUCUACACUGUGA